UGGACAGAAGUGAAUACAUAACUCUGGAGCUGGUCUCCAACUCUGACUGGGAUUUGCUUUUGAUUUGGGAAGGCCCUGCAGGUCAGGAGCAGAGAGGCCAUUCUGUGGGAUUGUACCUACUGAGCGUACUUUUUUAUUUUCUCCCUUACUGCUGCUGGCAGUGCAGGUUUAACCAGGGCAGGACUUCCUGAAAGAUUUAAACCAGAGGAACUGGAUUCACUCUGAGGGCUCAGAGGUCAUCCCACGGACCAAUUGUGAGGCCAUGUACCAGGCAGCUGUCUCCAAGAGAGCAGAUAUCACCAUCCCCAGCGGGGUCAUGGAGGAGUCGGAAGUCUGUUCCCUGCCUGGGGGACUUGCCAGUGUGAGGAAACAAUUUGAGAUCCACGAUGCUGCACCAUCACACAAUGCAACUCAGUUCCAUUUUCACCACAAAACGAUGCAGGAAAUGUCAAACUCGGAGGUGACGGUGUCGAGCGGAGGCAGGCAGGUCCAUCCAGGCAGUCAGCAGUUACAUUUCAACCAAGAUGCCACGGUAACAUACGGUGAGAAUAAUCUGGCAUCCAGUUAUGACAACCAUAAAAAUGAACCAGAAGAGGACUUUCCCCGGUAUACUACAAAAGAACUGAGGGAUCACUUUGAAAGAACCAUCGAAGAAGCUGCUCCACACAAACCGAUGAAGACUGGACUUGACAUCAACCGAUCAAAGUGGUUCUCAAAUGUGACACAAAAAGCUAUGAUUAGUGAAGUGUUUGAACCAUCAGCCAAGGAACAAAAAGAAGACACAAUAACUGCAAUGACAGAUUAUGAGGACUUUCCUCCCCCACCAUUUGAGGAUUCUGACUAUCUUCCUCCCCCACCUCCAGAUUUACUACAAAUGUCAACAGAUAAUGAACAUAUUCCAGCUUGUUAUUCACCUGAGCCUUCAGAACCAGCAAACAUCUCCAAACUCCCCAUCGAUAAAGAGGCUUACGUCAAGCAGAGGCAUAUGAAUGAGCUGAAACGACUUUACAAGCAUAUUCAUCCUGACGUUCGAAAAAAUAUUGAGAAGGAGAGCUACGAUCACUACGAUGCAACUGACAGUAGUCAGUUAGAGAGCCAAGAGUAUAUAUAUGAUGAUGAUAUCAUUGGGCCCAAUGACAUUAUUAUGAGCCCAGACCAAGAGUAUGAUGAAUGGGAUGAGGUUAUCCAAGGGGAGGUGCAGGCCCGGCGUUGGAUGUUUGAAAAUACACCACUUGAUGCUAUUAAAGAUGAAACUCCUGAUGAAGAAGGUGCUAAUAAGAAAAUAACUCAGCAGGAAAUAAUACUUGGAAAAGAUGUGCGGCACACAGCUUGGAUGUUUGAGACUAAACCCAUGGAUGAACUGGGUUCACACAAUGCCAGUUCAACAGAAUAUAAAAACAAAUUCAAUAAAUUAGACACAGGAGAUGUCCGUGCAGCAGCAUGGUUGUUUGAAACCCAAACAAUGGAUAGUCUAAAUAAAAUGCACAUGGAAGAAGAUUUAACAAAAGAGAUUGUAUUCACUGAGGAGGAUGGAAAUGCUACCAUUUACAUGAUUGAUAAUAAGUACAUGGAAAGCUUGGGGGACACCGAGACUGUUGAUGAAAGCCACCUUCUCAGUCUGAGGUCAGUGUUAGAGGAAAUUAAUGGAGAUGUGAAAACUGUAACAACUACCUUUGACACUCAGUUUAAAUGUGUCCUCAUGGGUCAGUCAAUUCAAAUGCUGGAGAUCAAGUCUGUCCGUAAAAUUGAAGCAGAACUUGAGAACUCCAUUGCUUCGCGUUGGCUUUUUGAUACUCAACCUCUGGAUAUGACUAACAGAGACCCUACCUCUUUGAAACUUGUGUGUAGUAUUUCCAUGGAGGACAGCAAUAAGGGAGAUUGGGGCAGGUGGUUGUUUGAGAUAAAGACUUUAAAUUCUGUCUCUCAGUGGGAAAGCUCCAAACUGGACAAGAAAGAAAUCAUCAGAGCUGAUGUACGUAAGCAUUGUUUAGUGUUUGAGACUCAGCCAAUGGAUUCUCUUAAAGAUGAUUCCAAUGCCCGACCUCAGUCAACUGAAGAAAUCAUUGGGGGCAAUGUUAAAUCUGCAAGAAACUUUUUUGAAAACAGUCCACAAUUAGCAAGGAAGAUUGGACCUGAUGUUGGAAAACUAAAAAAAGCAGAGGAAAAUGAAAGAAUUAAAGGAGAUGUGAGACAUCAGAAGUGGCGCUUUGAGAGUCAACCUCUGGAACAUAUAAGGGAAGAAAAGAAAGAGGUUAUACGCACUGUAAAUGUUGAGGAUGAUCUCACUCAGGAGGAUGGAACAAGCUGCAGGGCAGAUGUUCGGAGGAACUGUUGGGUUUUUGAGACACAGCCAAUGGAUUCCUUAAAAGAUAACUCAAACGCUCGACCUUCAACAAAAGAGGAGAUCAUUGCAGGCAACGUCAGAUCAACAAGGCAUUAUUUUGAAUCAGUUCCAGUUGAGGAGUUAAAAGAACUUGCUGAGGUGGGCAAACUGAAGAAAACAGUAGCACUGGAUGAAGAGAAGGGUGAUGUCAGACACCAGAAAUGGCGAUUUGAAAGCCAACCCUUGGAGGAGAUUAGAGAGGAAAAGAAAGAAGUCAUUAGGACAAUAGACCAGGAAGAAAUUGAAAAAGUUGACGUGUCAAACUACAAGCAAAUCUUUGAGGCCUCAGAAUUAAACAGGAGGGAUGAAUCUCAGAAGAUUGUGAUUGAAGGUGUAACAUCUGGCUCUGUGAUGUCAAAUAAAAAUAUGUUUGAAUCUACUCCAUUGUAUGCCAUGCAAGACAGCUUGGGACAUUUCCACGAGGUGAAAACAGUGCGCCGUGAAGAGGUUGUAAAAGGUGAUGUAACAACAUGCAAGUGGAUGUUUGAAACACGGCCAGUUGACCAGUUUGAUGAAAGCAUUGACAAAUACCAAAUUAUCAAAGGCAUAUCCAAACAAGAAAUAGAAUCUGGUGAUGUUAAAACUGCCAAAUGGUUGUUCGAAACACAGCCUCUUGAUGCUAUUAAGUACUUCAGCAAUAUCGAAGAUGAUGAAAUUGUGGAGAAAAGUAAAAAUCUCGAUGUCGUGAAAGGUGAUGUGAAAACCUGCAAAUGGCUAUUUGAGACGCAGCCGAUGGACGUUCUUUAUGAACGAGUAGAGGUGCAGGAUAAACAUGAUAUGGAAGAAAUUACUAAGGGUGAUGUCAAAACAUGUACAUGGCUUUUUGAGACACAGUCACUUGAUACUAUCCAAGAAGAGACUGUUCUGAAAACACGCACUGUUAAUCAAGAGGAUGUUAGGGGAAAAGAUGUAAGAACAGCUUGUUUUCUUUUCGAGACAGAAAAACUCGGGAACCUCACUGGAGAAGAGACUGGUUCUUUUAAGCGUGUUACCGAAAUAGAUAUCACAUCUGGAGACGUAUCAAGGAUGAAGUAUAUUUUUGAAAACCAAACAUCUGAUAUCAUGACUUCUACAUCUGAGGAGAUAAUGCACACUCUUAAAAAAGUUCAGUCUGAGGACAUACAGAAAGGAAAUGUGGUGAACUGCAAAUGGCUCUUUGAGAACCAAAACAUAGAUGCUAUACAUGAUCGCCAAGAGCAGAUAGUCAUCAACCGUACAGUAAAUGAUGUUCAAGGAGGAGACGUAGAGAACAGACGUUUCAUUUUUGAGACCUUUUCCUUAGAUAAAAUUCAGGUAUCCCCUGAGACGGACCCAAAGGAAGUGCAGAAAAUUAUCCGGGAGGAGGACGAGAAGGGAGAUGUUCAAAAUUACACCAUGAUGUUUGAAACUCAACCCCUAUAUGCCAUUCAGGACAAACAUGGCCAUUACCAUGAGGUCACCACUGUCACAAGUGAGGAAGUAACACGUGGUGAUGUAAUCGGGACACGAUGGUUGUUUGAAACUAAACCCCUGGACGCCAUUAAGGACACCGAUGAGGUUUAUAUAAUCAAAUCUGUCACACAAGAGGACGUGCAAAAAGGAGACGUCACUGCUGCCAAGUGGAAAUUUGAGACACAACCUCUGGACAGGAUUGCCGAAGAAAAGAAAGCUUUAAUGAAAACUGUGGAUGACAUUCAAGGAGGUAAUGUGAAACAGAAUAAACAUCGUUUCGAGUCCGACUUUUCGGUACAGGAAUCUGUUCGAACGGUCAAUGUGAGUGAGAUACAAAAAGGUGAUGUUAGAACUGCCAAAUGGAGAUUUGAAACACAGCCCAUUGACAAAAUCAGAAGCAUGAGUUCUGAAAAUCUGAUUGAAAGAGUUAAAAAAGAGGAGGUUUCAAAGGGAGAUGUUAAACAUUCAGUUUGGCUCUUUGAAAAGAAUCCUCUUGACCACAUUAAAGAGGUGGAUGAAUCUGAAGACGCCAUCAUCACCCAAGAGGAGAUUCCCAAAGCAGAUGUAAAGUCAACAACAUGGCUCUUUGAAACAACACCAUUUGACAACUUCAAUGAGACAAAAAUGGAGAAGACUGAAAUCCUGGGGAAGAGCAUCAAGGGAACCCUUGAAGAACUUUAUACUCAGAAAAUGGUGACAUCAAAGGGAAUACUCAUCGAAGCAGAUGAAAUCGGUGAUGUUAGAAUGGCAAAAUAUCAGUUAAUGAAUAAACAGGCCCCAGAGAUUCAGCGAGAGGAAGUAAUCAAGGGUGAUCUGCAGACUAUUAUGAUGAACCUGCUGAACAGAGAGGAGGCAAUGGAAAGGCAGAUAGUAAUCGGUUCAGCAGAGAAGGGGAACAUCAGUUCAACAGUGCACCAGCUAUUCAAUCAACACAGAGACAGCAGUGUUAAAAGAGAGGAAAUAUUACGAGGUGACAUUCAGGAAGCUAUUAGCAAUCUUUUUAAUGCUGGCGGGAUGGUUACGCAUGGAAUACUCAUCCAGGAGGAUGAGAAAGGUGAUGUGCAGAUGACAAUAUACUCUCUUCUGAAUAAGCAAGAAGAUGUCACUGUUGAAAAAGAAGAUAUCAUUAAAGGGGAUAUAAAGAGCGCUCUUCAACAGCUGUCUUCCCAUGACAAGCCAGACCAGACAGCAAAGAUAAGGGUUGAUGAUGCUGAAAAAGGACACGUCAACUUUUACUCCACAUGUAUUGAAUCUGGUGCUCUUGAGUACCUUAAACAGCUCCAUUCAGAGCACGAAGAAGCCCCACCUAGUACAGCAGAAAAAGAGAAGGUCAUCGGAGGUGACAUCAAGGGCACAAAAAUCAUCCUUGGCCAUAGUCAACCACACAUUGAGCGCACGGUGGAGGAUGUUAUACCUGGUGAUGUUCACAACACGGUUAAAGUGUUCAUGUCAGAGCCAGUGGUAUCACUAGAAAGAGUACAGAAGGAGGAAAUAGUCAAAGGAGAUUUAAGAGCUGCUUUGAUUUCUUUGUCCGAGUCUGUGAAUCAGACUGUUGUUGUGGAGAAAGAGGAGGUAGUGAAAGGCAAUAUACCAAAAGCUCUGAGGUGCUUGGAGAGAGCUCAGAAACAACACAAGGAGGUGGAAAAGCCAGAUAUCAUACCAGGAAAUAUCAAAGGGGCUCUGCGAUCCCUUACAAAAUCACCUACAACCAGGCCAGAGGCUGUCAUUGAGGAUUUGGUUCCCGGAGAUGUUAAGGCCACAAUAAAAUCUCUAGAGUUGGCAAAGCAAACAAUGCGAGAAGUUGAAAAGGAAGAAAUUGUUCCAGGGGAUAUUCACACGGCAAUGCAGUGUCUACAAGACGCUUCCAGUGAACGGAGAAAGUGUCAACAGGAAAUAGAUGUUCAAGGAGAUGUCAAAGGAACUAUUCAACUCUUACUGGACCCUCCACCGUCACCACAAAUGCAAAGGAGAGCAACUUUGGAGGGUGAUGUCAAAAUGUCAAUCAAGUCAUUAUACGGGACACAAGAGCAAACCCAGCUGGAGAAAGAAGAAGUGAUAAAAGGGGAUGUUAAAGGCACAAUCAAGUCAUUGCUAGAGACAGCACAGCGUGAAAGCCCAACAUCUGCAGCAUGCAAAAGAGUCAGAGUGAAGCAGAGCCCCCCAGUUAAAAAUUUAAAGGCAGAUGCCAAGAGGAAUGUACAAAAGAUAAAAACAGCUAAUUUAGUUGAAACCCCAAGAGAGAAUACAUGCAUCUCCCGUGAAAGAACAAAGUCUGUGGAACAGUCGGCUCGUCAAUCAAAAACAGUGGUGGAGCACAAAACUAUUACUCAACACCACGGCAUCAAAACAUUAAAGACAGAAUUCCGUAAUCUAAAGGCUACGCCAAAGGGAAUGAUAAGAUUAGAUAAAACCAAAGUCAGAACUGAUGUUUACUUCCCAAAGCCACAGGCGCUGGAGCCUGAUCUGUCUCUUUCACUCCCACUCCCGCCAACUGGAGACACUGAUCUUCCUCUCCCUCCUCCUCCUCCUCCUCCACCUGCUGAUGCUGAAGCUGAACACAUUCUUCCACCGCCACCACUACCGCUCACUUGUGAGCAGGACCUCCUCCCACCUCCCCCUUCUCAACAAGAGCUGGACAGCAUGCCCCUGCAGGUAGCAAAAACGACGGUCAUAAAAGCCAAAGUGCCAACAUCACAUCCAGUACCGAAACUGGAACCAAAAGUCCAAAUCAGUGCCGCAAAACAGGUGGAUGUACCAUCAGAGACUGUGAGCACCAGCAAGACAUCUGUGGUAGAAAUCAGCCAAAUACAGUCAACGCAUACAUCAAAACCAUUCGAAAUGCCCCUGCUGACUGAAUCACCGCGAUCAUUAAAGAAAGUUUACAUCUCUCCUGUCAGAUUCACGCCUCCCCCCUCUCCUCCUCCUUUCAUGAGAGGGAAAACGAGCAGAUUUAACACUCCAUUAAUACAAGCGGAAGAAAAGUAUCGAAAACUGAGGGAGGAAAACACACCGCCAACUACGCCAACUCCCACUUAUAUGCACGACUCACUUACAUCAGCUCUUGAAAUGCUUUCCACCAAAGAUUCCGAGCAGUCAAACAAAAGCACAUCAAAUGUCAGUGUGGGGAGAGCCGAAAAGACAGUGUUGAACGAUCUGUCAGACUCCCUGUCAUGCCAUUUAUCCAAACGUGCUGUCAUCUCAGAUAUCACCCAAAGUGAUGGACUUGAGAAAAUUCCCACAGAUUCUAUGAUUUUAUUGUCUGCUAAAGACCAAAUUGUCUCUAUUGAGAGCACCAAGUCUGCCUCUGUUCAAAAGACUCUGAUGAUCUCAACUGUUCAGAAAACAGAAAUGCCAGCAAACUUUUUUACGGACAAAGCCCAGGGCUCAAUCACGGAUAUAAAAACCGAAAACAGGACCAGUCAUCAAAAGGACUCAAAAAAUCAGAAACCAAAGGCAUUCACCAAACCGGAUGGUAGAAAGGAAGAUAAAACAUGCAUCCUUCCUGAACAAAUCCCUGUUCAAAUAGUAAAACACGAAAUUGUCACUCCUGCGGAGAAUGUGGCUUCACAUACAUCAAAAUCUGAAAAGAAGAAAGAUAAUACCUCAUCUGAAUUUCUUACUAACCUCUGCAGUCAGUCAACCAAAAAAGAAAAUAUUACUACAGACGAAAAUGGAAUGGCUUCCAAAUCACUGCAGCUCGAUAACAAAAAGAAAGGUGAUGAUUGUUUGUUCAAAAACAAAGAGAUGGGUUCUGAUGAGUCCACAGAAAUGGAGAAAGUAACUCCCAGUGUAAAACCAAACCAAAAGGUAAAAAAGACCAGUAAGAAAGAAAUGCAAGUUGAGACGCAAAUUGUUGGUGAAACUGCAAAGAGCAGUGUUUCCAAAGAAUUCAAGGUAGAAAUGAAGAAUAUGAGUGAGGCAAAAGUAAUCAGUGAGUGUGAAGAAGCGAAGGUGGAGGUAAAUCAGGAGAUUAAGACUGUAUCUCCAUCUCCUGUUGAUGCUGCUGUGAGCAUUACUGAUAAGCAACCAGACACUCCAGUUCCACCAAAGAGGAAAAAGAAGUCCAAAAAGUCCAAAGGGGGAGCACAAGGUAAAGAUUUUUCCAUAGAAUCAAAGACAGACAUGACAGAAACAAAAGCUGCAAUGUGUGAAAAAACCCAUCAAACUCCAAAAACAAAUGCAACUUCCCAAAUUCACAAAAGUGUAAAUGAAGACCAUAUUUGUGUUGAGAAAGAAAUCACAGAAAGGAAAGAAAACCAGAACUUCCAGCAGCAAAUGCCGCUUCAAAAGAAAGUGAAGGAUGCUGAAAAGAAGAUUGAGAAGCAACAAAACACAGGAGAAGCAACAAAAAAAUGUGAGGAUGCCCUAGUGAUGGUGGCAGGUGGGUCAGGACACAACAAAAUAAUAAAGUCCAGCUCAGACAAAAGAGGAGACUCACAGACAGAGGUCAAGAUCUUGAUCUCUCACAACACAAAGGUGGAAAAAGUCUCAGGAAACCUGACUGAUUCCCACCAAUCUUCAAGCCAAGGUCCAGAAAGUAUUUCCCAGGUGAGACCAAAGGGGUUACAAAGUAAUGAGACAACAGAGAAGUAUGAAGGUGAGCACACGUAUGAAAACAUCCCUUUGGGUGGGAUGGUGACAAGAAUAUCCAAAAUCAGCAGUAGUUGCACAAAAACUGAAAGCUACCAAAUGCCAAAAUCCUCAAUGGAAAGUAAAAAAGAAGAAGUGAGCCAGUUGAAGUUUCCAGACUUUCGAACCCCCUCGCCAUCACUGAGGAUGCGCUCCCCUUCUCCAACAUUUAUCACUAUCGAAUCCAUAAAAAGAACCGCCUCACCUCAGAGAGUGACACCAUCACCAACCUCGCUGUACAGGCCGCUCACACCUCCCACGCCGCCCCCACGGAGGUGCGACACCCCGUCUUGCAUCACAAGAAUCACACCUUCUCCAACUUUUGACAGAGCCGAGAACUUGGCUCGGCUGAAGGACACAACGGCUAAGCUCUCACGUGUCGUUACCCCACCGCCACUUCUUUCUCCACAGCAAAUCCCUGAAAUGAAAUCCGAAAUCGUGGAAUCACCUCCGUCGUUCCAUCGGCAAAUCAAAAUCGAGCCACAGGCCGUGGGAUUUUCGGGUGUUCCAUCAGAGAAGUCCAAAAAAAGUCUUCCUGAGGUGGUUCAGCAGGCUAAACCGAAAGAUCCCAAUGAUUUCCAAAGCAAGUCGCUCGCCGAGUCCCACUCCUCAUUACAUCAGACCAGCCCAAAUCUUGAUGGAUCAGAUAUAACAGAACUGUCUAUUUUAUGUGCGUCUGUCAGAGAAAAAAAGCAGUUUUUUGAAGGGGCACAAAAGGCUGAAAUAAAUAAGGUUUAUGUGAGAAAAGAUCCAAUUGACAUCCCCAAACAACUGAGCUUCGAUGCAGAGGAGUUGUGCUUUGAAAAAAAUAAGAAGAAAGAAAAAGAUCAGCCUCCCAGGGCAGACUUGUGUGGUCUUGUAAACAAAUUUGAAUUACCAGAAGAGAAAAUAUAUAUCAGAAAAGAGUUGAUCCCACUUGCAGAGCUGCUGCAGAAUGAGACUGAAAGCACAGACGAUGACAAAGAGAAUGCAGACAUCCUGGAACAGGAAAUGCCAACUUUUGACAUCCAAGCUAUUAAAAAUGUUUUUGAAGUGGGUGAGCAAAGUUACGCUUUCAAAGAGGAGAAAAGGAAUCAGGUGGAGUCUUUGUUGAUCCAGAGUGAAACAGCAGCCGACACUUCAAAGCAGAAAAGCCCCAAAGAGACAAAGCAAUGCUCACGGCAGAGCACUCCCAUCCCUCCCCAAAAAGAUGUGACAAAAAGUGUGCCGGCGGAGCCCUCAGCAAACUCCCAGACUAAAUCAAUCACACAACAGUUCUCCAAUGUAGAUGAAUUUGGGAACAAGGUCACCGGAACGAGGACAGCUGUCAGUGGGCACAUGGUGGCCCCCUUCUCCUAUGCAGACGCCGUCAAAAGCAAAGCUGCGGCGGUGAAACGUACAGAGAAAUACGACGAAGAUUCCACAGAGAAACUGCUCAGGAACUUUCACAAAACAUGGACAGAAAGUGAGAUGGUUUUCAAGAGUUUUGGCUACAGUGUUUCUGAGGAGACAAAGACAGGCGUGUCGUCUGACUCGAGUUCCGAAAUCGGAGCUGUGUGCAGUAUGUCGGAGGAGGGUGUAUCCGAUGGAUGCUCUGAUAGUGGACAAAAAAAAGUACCAUAAAUCAUGUUUCUUCUGUGAGCAUUG